CUGCCGCCUCCGCCCCUUCCCUUCUCUGGCCUUCGUGUCCCUGUCGCGUGCCGCGCGCCCGUCGCUGUCCUCGGGCAGCGGCCUGGGAGGAUGCGGGUGAGCCUCAGGCCUGAUUUUGAGUCUCACCAGUAAUCACUUUUCCCGUGAGCAGAGGAAGUUGAGGCUAAAGGGACAGGCCCCAAGGACGGCGAGCCGUGGCCGCCUGUGGGAAUCCGGUCUUGGAGUGCUGCUGCUCACGGAUUAACCGGACCGACUGGCUUAAGGGUGAACAGGUUACGUUUUAUUCAGAUGCUUUCGGAACGUCGAAAUUAUCUUCUUUGGAAAGAACCAUCCCCUCUUUGGGCUUCAGAGGCCCAGAUUGAGGCGCAGUGAUGAGAGGAUGUGGUGGUCCACGGUGAUGUCAAUCUUGAGGGCUAGUUCUUUUUGGAAUUGGAUAUCUGCUCAGACAGUAAGAAUUAUAAGAGCUUUAAGAGCUCAUUUUGAAGGAAUAAUGGAUGAACCGUCCUCCUUGGCCAAACCUCUGGAACUGAAUCAGCACUCCCGAUUCAUAAUUGGUUCUGUGUCUGAAGAUAACUCAGAGGACGAGAUCAGCAACCUGGUGAAGCUAGACUUAUUGGAGGAGAAGGAGGGCUCUCUGUCACCAGCUUCUGUCAGCUCAGAUACACUGUCUGAUUUGGGAAUCUCCAGCCUACAGGAUGGCUUGGCCUUACAUGUGAGGUCCAGCAUGUCUGGCUUGCACCUAGUAAAGCAAGGUCGAGACCGAAAGAAAAUAGACUCACAGCGAGAUUUCACUGUAGCUUCUCCAGCAGAAUUUGUUACUCGUUUUGGGGGGAAUAAAGUGAUUGAAAAGGUUCUUAUUGCCAACAAUGGCAUUGCAGCAGUGAAAUGCAUGCGAUCUAUCCGUCGGUGGUCUUAUGAGAUGUUUCGAAAUGAACGUGCAAUCCGAUUUGUUGUCAUGGUCACACCUGAAGACCUUAAAGCCAAUGCAGAGUACAUUAAGAUGGCAGAUCACUAUGUGCCAGUGCCAGGAGGACCAAACAACAACAACUAUGCAAAUGUGGAAUUAAUUGUUGAUAUUGCUAAAAGGAUCCCAGUACAACCCUAUAGUUCACGUCCACCAAGCCAGGCCAUGUGGGCUUUGGGGGAUAAGAUUGCAUCUUCCAUAGUGGCUCAAACUGCAGGUAUCCCAACUCUUCCCUGGAGUGGCAGUGGUCUUCGUGUGGACUGGCAGGAAAACGAUUUUUCAAAACGUAUCUUAAAUGUUCCCCAGGAACUAUAUGAAAAAGGUUAUGUGAAGGAUGUGGAUGAUGGGCUAAAGGCAGCAGAGAAGGUUGGAUAUCCAGUAAUGAUCAAAGCCUCAGAAGGAGGAGGAGGGAAGGGAAUUAGAAAAGUCAACAGUGCAGAUGACUUCCCUAACCUCUUCAGACAGGUUCAGUCUGAAGUCCCCGGCUCUCCUAUAUUUGUGAUGAGACUAGCCAAACAAUCUCGUCACCUAGAGGUACAGAUCUUAGCAGAUCAGUAUGGCAACGCUAUCUCUUUGUUUGGUCGUGAUUGCUCUGUGCAGCGCAGGCAUCAGAAGAUUAUUGAAGAGGCACCUGCUACUAUUGCUACUCCAGCAGUAUUUGAACAUAUGGAACAGUGUGCGGUGAAACUUGCCAAAAUGGUUGGCUAUGUGAGUGCGGGAACUGUAGAAUAUCUCUACAGCCAGGAUGGCAGCUUCUACUUCCUGGAACUGAACCCUCGGCUACAGGUGGAGCACCCGUGUACAGAGAUGGUGGCUGAUGUGAACCUCCCUGCAGCACAACUCCAGAUUGCCAUGGGGAUCCCUCUGUACAGAAUCAAGGAUAUCCGUAUGAUGUAUGGGGUAUCCCCCUGGGGCGAUGCUCCCAUUGAUUUUGAAAAUUCUGCUCAUGUUCCUUGCCCAAGGGGCCAUGUUAUUGCUGCUCGGAUCACUAGUGAAAAUCCAGAUGAGGGUUUUAAGCCCAGCUCAGGAACAGUUCAGGAACUGAAUUUCCGCAGCAAUAAGAACGUUUGGGGUUAUUUCAGUGUUGCUGCUGCAGGGGGACUUCAUGAAUUUGCUGAUUCUCAGUUCGGUCACUGCUUUUCUUGGGGAGAAAACAGAGAGGAAGCAAUUUCAAACAUGGUGGUGGCUUUGAAGGAGCUAUCUAUUCGGGGUGACUUUCGAACUACAGUUGAAUACCUGAUCAAAUUAUUGGAGACUGAAAGCUUUCAGUUGAAUAGAAUUGACACUGGCUGGCUGGACAGACUGAUCGCAGAAAAAGUACAGGCAGAGCGGCCUGACACCAUGUUGGGAGUUGUGUGUGGGGCUCUCCAUGUGGCUGAUGUGAGCCUGCGGAAUAGCAUCUCUAACUUCCUUCACUCCUUAGAAAGGGGUCAAGUCCUUCCUGCUCAUACACUUCUGAAUACAGUAGAUGUUGAACUUAUUUAUGAGGGAGUCAAAUAUGUCCUUAAGGUGACUCGACAGUCCCCUAACUCCUAUGUGGUGAUCAUGAAUGGCUCCUGUGUAGAAGUUGAUGUGCAUCGGCUGAGUGACGGAGGGCUGCUCCUGUCCUAUGAUGGCAGCAGCUACACCACGUACAUGAAGGAGGAAGUGGAUAGAUAUCGUAUCACAAUUGGCAAUAAAACCUGUGUGUUUGAGAAAGAGAAUGACCCUUCCGUGAUGCGCUCACCUUCUGCAGGGAAGUUAAUCCAGUACAUUGUGGAGGAUGGAGGCCACGUGUUUUCUGGCCAGUGCUAUGCUGAGAUUGAGGUGAUGAAGAUGGUGAUGACUUUAACAGCUAUAGAGUCUGGCUGUAUUCAUUAUGUCAAGCGGCCUGGAGCAGCUCUUGACCCUGGCUGUGUAAUAGCCAAAAUGCAAUUGGAUAACCCCAGCAAGGUCCAGCAGGCCGAGCUUCAUACGGGUAGCCUGCCGCAGAUCCAGAGCACAGCGUUCAGAGGCGAGAAGCUCCAUCGAGUGUUCCACUAUGUCCUGGAUAACCUGGUCAACGUAAUGAAUGGAUACUGCCUUCCAGAUCCUUUCUUUAGCAGCAGGGUAAAAGACUGGGUAGAGCGGUUGAUGAAGACCCUCAGAGAUCCCUCCUUACCUCUUCUAGAAUUGCAAGAUAUCAUGACCAGUGUCUCUGGCCGCAUCCCCCCUAAUGUGGAGAAGUCUAUCAAGAAGGAAAUGGCUCAGUAUGCUAGCAACAUCACAUCAGUCCUCUGUCAGUUUCCCAGCCAGCAGAUUGCCAACAUUCUAGAUAGCCAUGCGGCCACAUUGAACCGGAAAUCUGAACGGGAAGUCUUCUUCAUGAACACUCAGAGCAUUGUCCAGCUGGUCCAGAGGUACCGAAGUGGCAUCCGAGGCCACAUGAAGGCUGUGGUGAUGGACCUGCUGCGGCAGUACCUGCGAGUAGAGACACAGUUCCAGAACGGUCAUUAUGACAAAUGUGUGUUCUCACUUCGGGAGGAGAACAAGAGCGACAUGAACACGGUACUGAACUACAUCUUCUCUCAUGCUCAAGUCACCAAGAAGAACCUUCUGGUCACAAUGCUGAUUGAUCAGCUGUGUGGCCGGGACCCUACUCUCACAGAUGAGCUGCUAAAUAUUCUCACAGAGCUCACUCAGCUCAGCAAGACCACCAACGCUAAAGUGGCACUUCGAGCACGCCAGGUUCUUAUUGCCUCCCAUUUGCCAUCAUAUGAGCUUCGCCAUAAUCAAGUAGAGUCUAUCUUCCUAUCAGCCAUUGACAUGUACGGACAUCAGUUUUGCAUUGAGAACCUGCAGAAACUCAUCUUGUCCGAAACAUCUAUUUUUGAUGUCCUACCCAACUUCUUCUAUCACAGCAACCAGGUGGUGAGGAUGGCAGCUCUGGAGGUGUAUGUUCGAAGGGCUUAUAUUGCCUAUGAACUUAACAGUGUACAACACCGCCAGCUUAAGGACAACACCUGCGUGGUGGAAUUCCAGUUCAUGCUGCCCACAUCUCAUCCAAACAGGGGGAACAUCCCCACGCUAAACAGAAUGUCCUUCUCCUCCAACCUCAACCACUAUGGCAUGACUCAUGUAGCUAGCGUCAGCGACGUGCUAUUGGACAACUCCUUCACUCCACCAUGUCAGCGGAUGGGUGGAAUGGUCUCUUUUCGAACUUUUGAAGAUUUCGUCAGGAUCUUUGAUGAAGUGAUGGGCUGCUUCUGUGAUUCCCCACCCCAAAGCCCCACAUUCCCUGAGGCAGGUCACACGUCUCUAUAUGAUGAAGACAAGGUCCCUAGGGAUGAACCAAUUCACAUUCUGAAUGUGGCUAUCAAGACUGACGGUGAUAUUGAGGAUGACAGGCUGGCAGCCAUGUUCAGAGAGUUUACCCAGGAAAAGAAAGCUACCCUGGUUGAGCAUGGAAUCCGGCGCCUUACUUUCCUGGUUGCACAAAAGGAUUUCAGAAAACAGAUCAGCUAUGAGGUGGAUCAGAGAUUUCAUAGAGAAUUCCCUAAAUUUUUCACGUUCCGAGCAAGGGAUAAGUUUGAGGAGGAUCGUAUCUAUCGUCACUUGGAGCCGGCCCUUGCUUUCCAGUUAGAGCUGAACCGGAUGAGAAAUUUUGACCUUACUGCAAUUCCAUGUGCCAAUCACAAGAUGCACCUGUAUCUUGGGGCAGCCAAGGUGGAAGUGGGCACAGAAGUGACAGACUACAGGUUCUUUGUCCGUGCAAUCAUCAGACAUUCUGAUCUGGUCACCAAGGAAGCUUCUUUUGAAUAUCUGCAAAAUGAAGGGGAGCGGCUGCUCCUGGAAGCCAUGGACGAGCUGGAAGUCGCUUUUAACAAUACAAAUGUCCGUACCGACUGCAACCACAUCUUCCUCAACUUUGUCCCCACAGUCAUCAUGGACCCAUCAAAGAUUGAGGAAUCUGUGCGAAGCAUGGUAAUGCGCUAUGGAAGUCGGCUGUGGAAAUUACGCGUCCUCCAGGCAGAACUGAAAAUCAACAUUCGCCUGACACCAACUGGAAAAGCAAUUCCCAUCCGCCUCUUCCUGACAAACGAGUCUGGCUAUUACUUGGACAUCAGCCUGUACAAGGAAGUGACUGACUCCAGGACAGCACAGAUCAUGUUUCAGGCAUAUGGAGACAAACAGGGACCAUUGCAUGGGAUGUUAAUCAACACUCCAUAUGUGACCAAAGAUCUGCUUCAAUCAAAGAGGUUCCAAGCACAAUCCUUAGGGACCACAUACAUCUAUGAUAUCCCAGAGAUGUUUCGACAGUCCCUGAUCAAGCUCUGGGAGUCUAUGUCCACUCAAGCAUUCCUUCCAUCACCGCCUCUGCCUUCUGACAUGCUGACGUAUACUGAGCUCGUGUUGGAUGAUCAAGGCCAACUGGUCCACAUGAACAGGCUUCCAGGAGGAAAUGAGAUUGGCAUGGUAGCUUGGAAAAUGACCCUUAAGAGCCCCGAAUAUCCAGAAGGCCGAGAUAUCAUUGUUAUUGGCAAUGACAUCACAUACCGAAUUGGGUCCUUUGGGCCCCAAGAGGACUUGCUGUUUCUCAGAGCAUCUGAGCUUGCCAGGGCAGAGGGCAUCCCACGCAUCUUUGUAGCCGCCAACAGUGGAGCAAGAAUUGGACUGGCAGAGGAAAUCCGUCAUAUGUUCCACGUGGCCUGGAUAGAUCCCGAGGAUCCUUACAAGGGAUACAAAUACUUAUAUCUGACCCCUCAAGAUUAUAAGAGAGUCAGUGCUCUCAACUCUGUUCAUUGUGAACAUGUGGAGGAUGAAGGAGAAUCCAGGUACAAGAUAACUGAUAUUAUUGGGAAGGAAGAGGGACUUGGAGCAGAGAACCUUCGAGGUUCUGGAAUGAUUGCUGGAGAAUCCUCAUUGGCCUAUGAUGAAAUCAUCACCAUUAGCCUGGUUACAUGUCGGGCCAUUGGAAUCGGAGCUUACCUUGUCCGGCUGGGACAGAGAACCAUCCAGGUUGAAAAUUCUCACAUAAUUCUGACUGGAGCCGGGGCCCUCAACAAAGUCCUCGGGCGGGAAGUGUACACCUCCAAUAACCAGCUGGGGGGCAUCCAGAUAAUGCACAACAAUGGGGUGACUCACAGUGCUGUUUGUGAUGACUUUGAAGGGGUUUUCACCAUCCUGCACUGGCUGUCUUACAUGCCUAAGAGCGUGAACAGUUCAGUUCCUCUCCUGAGCUCCAAGGAUCCUAUAGAUAGAAUCAUCGAGUUUGUUCCCACCAAGGCCCCAUAUGAUCCUCGAUGGAUGCUUGCAGGCCGUCCUCACCCAACCCAGAAAGGUCAGUGGUUGAGUGGAUUUUUUGACUAUGGGUCUUUCUCAGAAAUCAUGCAACCCUGGGCACAGACUGUGGUGGUUGGCAGAGCCAGGCUAGGAGGAAUACCUGUGGGAGUAGUGGCUGUAGAAACCCGAACGGUAGAACUAAGUAUCCCAGCUGAUCCUGCAAACCUGGAUUCUGAAGCCAAGAUCAUCCAGCAGGCUGGCCAGGUUUGGUUCCCAGACUCUGCAUUUAAGACCUAUCAGGCCAUCAAGGACUUCAACCGGGAAGGGCUGCCUCUGAUGGUCUUUGCUAACUGGAGAGGCUUCUCUGGUGGCAUGAAAGAUAUGUACGACCAGGUGCUGAAGUUCGGUGCUUACAUCGUGGACGGCUUACGGGAAUGCUCUCAGCCUGUGCUGGUUUAUAUUCCUCCCCAGGCCGAGCUUCGGGGUGGCUCCUGGGUCGUGAUUGACCCCACCAUCAACCCCCGGCACAUGGAGAUGUAUGCUGACCGAGAAAGCAGGGGAUCAAUUCUGGAGCCGGAAGGGACAGUAGAAAUCAAAUUCCGCAAAAAGGAUCUGGUGAAAACCAUGCGUCGGGUGGACCCAGUCUAUAUCUACUUGGCUGAGCGAUUGGGCACCCCAGAGCUCAGCGCGGCAGAGCGGAAGGAGCUGGAGAACAAGUUGAAGGAGCGGGAGGAAUUCCUAAUUCCCAUUUACCAUCAGGUAGCCGUGCAGUUUGCUGACUUGCACGACACACCAGGCCGGAUGCAGGAGAAGGGUGUUAUUAACGACAUCCUGGACUGGAAAACAUCCCGUACCUUCUUCUACUGGCGACUGAGGCGCCUCCUGCUGGAGGACCUGGUCAAGAAGAAAAUCCACAACGCCAAUCCCGAGCUGACCGAUGGCCAGAUCCAGGCCAUGUUGAGGCGCUGGUUUGUGGAAGUGGAAGGAACAGUAAAGGCCUAUGUUUGGGACAAUAACAAGGAUUUGGUGGAAUGGCUGGAGAAGCAGCUGACAGAGGAAGAUGGCGUCCGCUCAGUAAUAGAGGAAAACAUCAAAUACAUCAGCCGAGACUAUGUCCUCAAGCAGAUCCGCAGCUUGGUACAGGCCAAUCCAGAGGUUGCCAUGGAUUCCAUCGUCUACAUGACCCAGCACAUCUCACCCACGCAGCGAGCGGAAGUCGUUCGGAUCCUCUCCACAAUGGACUCCCCUUCCACGUAGGAAGAGCUUCCUGCCUCCGGAGCGAAGGGCUAGCGAGCUGCCUUUUUACAACUGAAACCACUGUAACAAGCAGACACAGGAGACCCAGCACUGGAAUCCAAGUGACGUUUUCUUUCCUUCAAAUGUUUUCAGGUUAUGCUUGACAUACUGGAACAUAGGGUGACAAAGCCCCUGCGCCAGCCACUGGUCACACCCAUCCCAUUCAGUAUUUAUUACCCCGGCUGUGACAACAGUCCUCUCUCCCUGCACAGACCUGCAUGAGAAGGCAAUGAAGGGUACGGUACGUACCAUGAGGUCUUCCUACACAAAAGCAGGACUGCCCUUCCUGUCCUGCCAGCCCUCUGGUCCAAGCCUGGGGCAGUGAGCGGCGCCCCUCAGCCCCAGCCCCAGCCCCAUGAGCUGCAGCCACAGGCAGCAGAGGAGGGCUGGGACUGAGGCGACAGGCCCAGCACCAGGUCCAGGGAGAGGAGGAGGCCUCACGUCCUGAUUUCUUUACCCCCACAUUCAGCCCAGUCCACACUAGGCACUGGAGACGAACCAGUCCCAGUCUCAUCACACCAAGGUACCUAGUUAUGAAGAAAAACUAGAGCAUGACAUCUGCAAGCUCCAUGGGAACGCAGAGAUGAGGGCAAAACCAUGAUCCAAGAAGCAAAGAUAAUAGACCAAGUCACUGUUCUGCAUUUAGGGGCCUCAACCUUGAGUUCAGUUCUCUUAGAACGGAAAGAUGGUGACCACCCCUCACUACCUACCCUGCACGUCUCUGCUCCUCUAGCUAUUGCACCUGUGUGGCGGAGCCCCCGCCUUCUCCCAGGGGUCCCACAGGCAGAGCUAUAGGCUGAGUUGGCAGAGGAGAAGCCAGGGGAACUGCCCCCUCUGCCGCUGAUUGAAAGUAGUUACACAGGGAGAGUGGGCCGGACAGUCUCUUUUUAGGAUUUGGGAGGUCGUUACUAGUAAGGCUGGAGCUUUGAUGGUUGUAAGAGGUCAGUACUGCCUGUAGUCACUCGUCUCUUGUUUCCAGGGCAACUCUCCUCGCAGCUGCCAGCCCUGCUCCCCUUGGGUCUGGUCUCUUCCUGGAAUGUACAUAGGCAACAGGUGCAACCCGUCUCCCCACAGCUGCUGAAAGGAACCCUGGUGACAGCCAUGCUCUUGGCACCAGGAACUGACCUUCCCGGUGUGGGGAGGCUUCCGGGAACACAGAACCCACAUGACCUUAAGAUUAUCUCCAACCCCAUCAUGGUGCUGCUGUCUUCCAGGCGCACGGGUCCCUCCCCGGCCAAAGGCAGGGCCUCCUCACCGGUGGUGGAGCGAGUUUAUUUCAACAACAGAGCUUACUGGCUCCCCCGUUGGUGUUCUUAAAGCAUGAGUGGCAGGUGAUCGGGGCUGGUAUAGCAUCCGAUUCCUCAGUGCAGCUAACUGCAUUUGUCACUGAUGACCAAGGAGGAGAUCACAGACCUUUCAGAAGCAGGGGUAGGAAUACUUUUGUACGAGCUACAGUUUUGAGCCUUAACCUUCUAGUUCACACACGAAAAAGAGCUCCACCUCCCCUUUUUGAGGAACAGUUUGUGCAGAUGGGCACUGGGUGGUUGUGUACGUCACUGUCUGCCCCCAGGAGGUCAGAGCCUCAGCCAGGCUGCCCUGGGGCAAGGCACAAGCGUUUGGCACCAUCAGAGCAGGGCGGGAAAAAGGAGGGAACAACUUACAGUCCAGGAAGACGCAUCGCAUCCACUGUUGCUAGUAUCUGCUUACCCAGUAAGUACGAAUUGAAUUCAUUGAUCAAAUUAUUCCUCUACACUUUCCUGCAAUAAGUAAAAUUCCACCCCCUGCUGGUAUUAAGUCCCACCCUCCAAUGGGCUUGCCCUGGCAUUUCUUCAGAGGCAGGGUGGGUUACACUCGUUGACGUCUCCCCCCUCCACCAAAUUAUGACACAUUCAGUGAAUCCAUCUCCUCUUAGAACCUGUAAUGCCUAUUCCCCCAUCCCCAGAGCUCCUCGCUGUAAGUCUUACCCUGGACAGGGAUUCUCACAUGGAGAAGACAGAAAGCCACAGAACGUGAGCGCUCUGCUAUGCCCACAGCCCACUACACAUGCAAGGUUCCUGAGGCAGGAGGAAGACGCAUGAUGUAUGACCGAGACUUGCUUGAGCUGAGAUUGCCAUGUCUGUUAUUCUCGUUCACAAAGCAGCCUUCACUUGUCUCAUUGAGACGUCGAUGGACACACACCCUGAUGAGCAAGGAAAUUCAGUCAAAUGUCUUCUUUUCACAUUUUGUUGAAAUAAACCUCCACAUUUGUAGAAGA